AUGUCAGAGACAAGUGCAAAAGAUCCAGAGCCAGAGGUGAGCACUCCGAAUACAGAGGAGCCUCCCAUUAUUCCAGAACAAACCCCCGAACUCCAAUUUGAGGGAGCAUCUGCUGAUGAGCACGAAAACGAACACCAGAACGUUGCUGAGGGUACAUCGCACCCGGAACCUUCAACCGUGGCGUCUUCAGCCAAUGCCCAUAGACGGACAGCGUCAACUUCUACCAUAAAUUCUUCACAGAUGGGGAAUGCUACAAUUGGUUUUAUCAAGUCCUCAUUUGAAAAGAUUGUAAGCAAAUGUCACAAAAAGGAUGCUGACCUGAAAGUUAAAUGUUCUCGGAUCAUUGAAAAAUUGAAUAGUGGUGACGUUCCUGAGGUCAUUGAGAUUUUUGAACCUUUAAAUCUGGCUUGCCAAUCGAAGACAGUGGACAUAAAGGUUACUGCGUUGGACUGUCUUGGCAAGAUGUUCACCUUUAACGUGUUUAGUGAACCGCAAAUACCAGAAUCGUCCGUGCCCAAGGACAUGCUCCAGUACUGGACCAAUAUUCUGCGAACGCAAAGAAAAAAUGACCAGGCUGCUCUUGAGGGGACUGAUAUUCAAUAUGAAAGCGGCGAUACAAUUCCUCUAAUUGAUAUAGCCAUUGAAACUAUAGCAGAAUGCUUCGAAGGUGAGGGAACGAACGAGAAAGUUGAACUCCAAGUGGUUAAAGUUCUCAUGGCAGCUGUAUUGAGUGAAACCAUGGCUGCUCAUGGUGCUGUUCUCCUGAGGGCAGUUAGGCAAAUCUACAACAUUUUCAUUCUAUCACUUUCACCUGCUAACCAAGGAGUUGCUCAGGCUAGUCUGACUCAGAUAUUUAAUAUAGUUUUUGAAAGGGUACAUCGUCACGAUAAGAGCAACGGUGUCGUUCCAAGUAAAUCCGGAAGUUUCUCAAACGUUAAUAAUAUUCCAACUUCUGAUAUAGAAUCUCAGGUUCUGCCCGAUGCCCAAGCUCCAAAAUUAACCCUGGAGAACCUUGAAAAUCUUACAGCUGGUGAUGAAUUGACUGUUGCAGAAGCCAACAAAGCUAUUGGAGAAGAAAAGGAACUGGCUGUGAAGGAUGCCUUUUUGAUAUUUAGAGCAAUGUGCAAACUUUCAGUCAAACCCAUUGAAGUGAACAACAUCGACAUGAGAUCGCAUGAAUUGAGGUCAAAACUUCUAUCUUUACACAUCAUCCAUACCAUUCUCCAAGAUCACCUUGGCGUUUUUUUGAACAAGAGAGUGGUACUGACAACUUCUAAUCAGGAGCGAAACACGACUUUGAUUGAUGCUAUCAAACAAUAUCUUUGUCUUUCUUUGUCCCGCAACGCUGCUUCUCCGUUGGCACCUAUUUAUGAAAUAUCUUUAGAGAUUUUUUGGAUUAUUCUAUCCAAACUGAGAUUUGAGUUUAAACGUGAGAUUGCCGUUUUUAUUGAUGAAAUUUACUUUCCAGUCUUGGAAAUGAAGGCAUCCGCCACCCACCAAAAGAGAUACUUCCUAGCGGUUAUGAAUCGUUUGUUCCAUGAUCCCAAGGCCGUCAUUGAACUAUACUUAAAUUACGAUUGUGAUUCACAGUUGCCAAGUCUCUGUGAAGGUCUUAUUGACUACCUGACUAGAUUUUCUUUAACUCGCGUUGAGAUUUCGCAACAACAAAAGAUCAACUAUAGAGCAAGUUUAACACGAUCACUUGCUGUAUACAGUCUCAAACAAUCUCCAAUGCUAUCCAUUAAAAAACUAGGCGCCAAUGUUCCAGAUCCAGAAGCUUCGUAUAACUUUCCGGGAGAGUAUGCAAUUGUGAUUGAAUCAAUUGAGUGCGUGGUCCUGGUCUUGCAGUCACUCUCCACUUGGGUUGACAGUGUCGCUAAACAGGCUGUUGUUGAGUCGGAAGAGGAUACAGCUUUGUCUGUGAACGGAGCAGGAGAGGAUGAAAUACUGUCUCAAAGAUCUGAAUCCGCUACCCAGCUUUCUGAAACCUCUGGAAUCCCCCAAGAUCCUGCCAAAUUUGAUACUCAGAAGCAAAGAAAAACAGCCCUUUUCUCAUGCGUCAAAGCCUUUAACUACAAACCGAAGAUUGGAAUUGCCAAAGCUAUCGAAAGUGGCUUCAUCAAGGAUGAUUCUCCCCAAGAGAUUGCUAAGUUUUUACUCUACACCGAUGGUCUGGAUAAAACCCAGAUUGGUGAAUACUUGGGAGAAGGUGACGAGAAAAACAUUACUAUAAUGCAUGACUUUGUUGAUCUCAUGGACUUUUCUGGAUUGGAGUUUGUGGAGGCUAUGAGAACGUUUCUUCAAAACUUCAGGUUACCAGGUGAAUCACAAAAAAUUGAUCGUUUCAUGUUGAAGUUUGCUGAACGAUUUGUUUUGAAUAAUCCUGGAACAUUCGCAAAUGCUGAUGUGCCUUACGUUCUUGCGUACUCUGUCAUCUUGCUGAACACUGACCAGCAUUCAGCUCAAGUUAAAAGACGAAUGAGUCUCCAAGACUUCAUUCGAAACAACGCAGGUAUUGAUGAUGGUCAAGAUCUACCUGAAACACUUUUGAGCAAAAUUUACUAUGAGAUUCAAAGCAACGAAAUCAAGCUUCAGAGCGAACAACAGGCUGCUCUAUUAGCUGGACAUAUUCAGCCCGAACCUGUAACUGGGUUAUUCAGUUUCCGCAACCAAGAAAGGGAACAAUACAUGCAGCUUUCCAAGGAACUUACUUUGAAUACUGAGAAAGUUUUCAAAUCGUUUGGGCAAGAAGCUCCAAACUCUAACAUCGUAUACUAUUACGCAACUAAACAAGCCGACCAUGUUCUUUACAUGUUUCAUACGUUAUGGAUGUCAAUAUUUGCGGGGCUCACUCCUCCUUUCAAAGAAUACGACGACGAGGAUACAACUAAGCUCUGCAUAAAGGGUAUCAAGCUGGCAAUUCAUCUGUCCUGUACGUUUGAUAUUGAGAACGCUAGAAGUUCUUUUGUGGGUGCGUUGGUCCAAUUUGGUAACCUUCAUAAUGUUGAAGAGAUCUCUCCAAAAAAUGUUGAUGCCAUACACGCGUUACUGAACGUUGCGGUGACAGAAGGUGAUCAUCUAAGAGGCUCAUGGAAAGAAAUUUUACUCUCCGUGUCUCAGAUUGAGAGAAUCCAGUUAUUAGCUCAAGGAAUCGAUUCUGGCGUUGUUCCAGACAUCUCAAUUGCUCGGAUAGUAAACAGAGCCUCCUUGGAUAGCGUGAGAACCCGUAGCACCACUAGCACAUUCUUCUCUUCGCCGUUCGGCAAACAAAAAACUCUAUCGGAGCAGGCAUAUGAACACUAUCAAAACCAAAAGCUAAAACCAAGCAUAGUUCCAUUGAUUACAUCUACGGAACUGACUGUUGCAAUGGAUAAGAUCUUUUCUCAUAGUUCGCAGAUUUCAGGUGAUGCAAUUAUUGACUUUGUGAAAGCUCUGUGUCAAGUAUCUUCAGAUGAGAUAGAAUCUUCAGGGAGAAGCGAGAGUCCAAGAAUGUUUUCUUUGCAAAAAAUGGUUGACGUUUGUUACUACAAUAUGGGGCGUAUACGUUUCCAAUGGUCUAAUCUGUGGGCUAUUAUGGGAGAAACAUUCAAUAGGUUUGGUACACAUUCCAACACUUCUAUUGUAUUUUUUGCAUUAGACUCUUUACGACAACUAUCAAUGAGAUUUUUUGACAUCGAAGAGCUGGCUCACUUCAAGUUUCAAAAAGAAUUUUUGAAGCCCUUCGAAUUCAUCAUUGGCCAUACCGGAUCUGAACAAGUUAAGGAUAUGAUUCUGGAUUGUUUGGGAAAUAUGGUUCAAACUAAGGCUGAUAAGAUCCGAUCUGGUUGGGAAACCAUGUUUGAGACUUUGACUAUAGCAGCUGGAGACUAUAGCGAAUCAAUUGUCAUGAAGUCAUACAAAUUAACAGCACUAAUCAAUGAAGGAAAGUUGGACGAUACAUUGCAGCAGGGUACUUUUGAGAGUUUUGUACACACACUAACAGCAUUAGCCAAGAAUCAAAGGUUUCAGAAAAUUAGCUUGCAUGCUUUACAAGAUUUGAAGAAAUUGAUUAAUCGAGUGUCAGAUUAUACGCUAGACGAAAAUAAUAAGGUGGAUGAUGAAGUAAUGGUCCAACUUUGGUUCCCAAUUCUUUUCGGAUUUCAUGAUGUUAUCAUGACAGGAGAUGAUUUGGAAGUGAGAUCCAGGGCUCUCAACUACAUGUUUGAUGCUUUAGUUCAGAAUGGAGGUCACUUUGACCCUUCCUUUUGGGAUAAAAUCUGCAAUGAAUUGUUGUUCCCCAUUUUCAAAGUUCUUAGUGAGCAUUGGCAGGUCAGCCAGUUUGAUAACCAGGAUGAUAUCUCAGUCUGGUUGUCCACCACACUUAUUCAAGCACUAAGAAAUAUGGUUGCCCUUUUCACACAUUACUUUGACACUCUGAAUCGCAUGUUGGAUGGAUACUUGGAGUUGUUAAUCUCAUGUAUCUGUCAGGAGAAUGAUACGAUUGCACGAAUUGGGAGAUCAUGUUUAGAACAAUUGAUUGUGCAAAAUGCGAAAAAAUUCACACCGGAGCUCUGGGAUAAGAUCACUGACUGUUUUGAACGAUUGUUUGAUUUGACACUCCCCAAGGAACUGUUUGACGACGCCAAUGUAAAUUUGAAGAAUGCAAACGGAGACGUCAACUCAAUUGCUGUGAAUGGCAAAAAUUCAAACAAGUCAACAAUUGUUGUCAAAUGUGUUUUGCAAUUACUGCUGAUCGAAACUAUGGCUGAGCUAUUUGAUGAUGAUGGGUUCUAUGACGAGAUACCGUUUGAGAACGUAAUUAGGUUAUCCAAGUUCUUGAACCAAAGUUAUGAGUUUGCAAGAGAUUUCAAUGAUGACUACAAUCUACGAGUCCGUUUCUUCAACGGAGGGGUUAUCGACAAUGUUCCCAAUUUGCUAAAGCAAGAGACAAGUGCAAGCGCAGUUUAUUUCAGCAUAAUGCUAAGACUAUAUUGCGACGAUCAUAUAUCCGAGGAGCAGAAAGAAAUGAUUACGCAGUCAUUACUUCCAAUGUGGAUUGCCAUUGUGGAAAGAUACACCAAGCUGGAUGAUGUGACACAACAGCGUAACAUCAGCACAUGGCGGCCUGUUGUAAUUGAGAUCCUACAAGGAUUCGUAGAGUUAGAUGAAAAAGAUUUUAUCGCCUUCUGUCCUUCCAUGUAUGAGUUGGUGCUAGGCAUCUUAGACAAGAGUCUUCCAUCCGUGUUCCGCUCGGCAAUUAAGGCAUUCUUCAGUCGUGUAGGCUCAGUCUACAUUUCGGAAAAGGAGGCAGAGCCCGCAACUGAGAAGGCCACCAAGUAA